CGUGUUGCCAUAGUGACGUGUAAACUGUCGGCUUAGAGCAGCUUGGUUUUAGAAAAUAGUUUAUUUCUUUUGAAGGAUAAAAUAAGUUAGUAUUGACCCAGAGUGAGAGUGACUGUUACGGAAAGAAGUGAAGAUGUCUUUAUCCCGGAUUCAGAGUCUGAGACUGGCAGCUGUACUGGAGGACUGUUCAGACCAGUUGGACAUACUGGGGCAUACAUUGACAGUGCAGAUCCGCAGGGAGCAAGACACUGCAGCAGCACAGGAGAAAGCCAGACUGACCAAGCUCAGAAGAGACUGUCAGUACAUCUCGCAGCAGAUUUUCAAGCUGCAUUUGGAGCUGGAGGAGAAGCAAAGUUUCCAUUCUCUGCAGCAGGUUGUGGAGGAAGAGGAGCAGAAGAAGAUGACUGAGAACAUGAAAAGGGAAGCAAAGAGGGAGCUGGAGCAGAGAAAACAAACUGUACAGAGACAGCAAGAGGAAUUCCAACAGAAGACUGAGAAACUGGCGGACAUGUACAUGCUUGCCAAAGACCUGAAGUUUCAGCUGAAUGAGCAGUCAUCAAAAAUUGCCAACAAGAAGAAGAUCGUGGAAAAAAACAUCGAGCUGCAGCUCCAGCAGACACAGAAAGAGACCAGCCAGACUGAGAAGCUGCUGGAGGACCAGCUGGAGCUGAUGCAGAAACAGUUGAAGGAGGAGACAAGAAUUCAUGAGAAGUCCAAGGCAUUCCUGCAAAAUCAACAUGAGGAGUUGCAACAGCAGCUGCAGCAGUGGCAGCAGCGUACAAAGCAGAUGCUGCAGGAGAUGGAGCAGCAGCUUAACAGUGUGCGCUGCAAAAGGACUGUGAAUUUGGACAGACUGACGGAGAUGAGGAGGAAGUUCAGGGAGAUGGAGCAGGUGGUGAUGGAGGACAGGGCAGAGCAGGAGAAACUGCGCCAACAGCAGGCAGAGGCCAGAGCUGCUACCAAGCUGCAGGCCUGGUGGAGAGGCUGCAUGGUCCGCCGGGGCCUCGGUAGUUUUAAAAAACCAGAGGAUGUCAAGAAAGGCAAGAAAAAGAAAGAAGGAAAAAAGAAGAAGAAGAAAUGAGUUUUCUCCAUUGCUCCUUUGAGACGUUGAAAUAAUGUAUAUAAUU